AAGUUAUGCUAUGAAUACUUAAUAAGUCCUAUCGUGUUAUAAUUUUACACCUUCGUACAAUUUCCUUUCUUCAAUCAUUACAUUCUCGAUAUUGGUUCUAACAACUCAUAAUAUAAUAUAAUAAUAAUAAUAAAAUUUUCUUCUUAAUUCUACACAAUGGAUCCCAGUGAAAAAUUAUCAGAAGACAAAAUUUUAUUGAACAAAAUAAUUUGGGUGAUCGAAUUAUUGGGAAGUUGGCCUCUGAACAGAACAAUUAAACAGACAAUGUUAUUUAUCGGAGCUAUUACUUACUACGUGAUCCAUCUGUCAAUUUCGUGUACUGCCUUGAUAAAUGUUCUGGGAAGCCUCGAACUAAUGACAGCGAAUCUGAUGGAGACCACGGUGCAAAUUAUAGCAUUGAUUAGGUUGAUAUAUUUAAAGCUCUCUCCCAGUGUUAAAGAAUCGAUUAUUAACAUUCAGCAAACUUUAGACACUCAAAGUUGUGAUAAUACUUCAGAGGAAAAAAUUUACGUUUAUUAUUUGGCUAUUGCUAAAAGGUACUACUCAGUGUUGAUGACUUUUUCGGCAAUUACGUCUCUUAUGUUCUAUUUGAGGCCUCUUCCAGUAUGCUUUUCAGCUUGGCUGAACAAUCAACCAGUUAUUUUAAAACCACCGUACGAAAUAAUUUACGUUUGCUUCAACCUAACUUCUAUCGAACAAGUAAUUAUCGUCUACAUUUACCAAGCACCGAUGUUUUUUCUCCCAUUGGGGUACAUCGCAAUAAUCAAUCUAAAAUUGCUCAUUAUUACAAAUAUUUGUUCGCAACUGGGCGUACUUUCUCACAGGAUCAGAAAUUUGAGAACUAUCGGAAAUGAUAAAAUAUUUGGUAGCAUCGUGCGGAAUCACUUAAAAAUUUGGAGGUUGGUGAAAAAUAUUGACAACGCUUGGACAUUGAUUUUCUGUUUUGAACUGAUCUUGUCAACUCUUUUAUGUUCCUUUGUUUCUUAUGGUGCAUUAUUGGCGAUUACUGUUGGGAAAUCAGUAGUAGCAGUGAGCUUGAUAACGUAUGUUAUUUCUUCUCUGUUGAUUUUGUUUUCUAAUUGUCUGAUGGGGGAGAUGCUCAAGUAUGAAAGCGAAAAUUUUGAAAAUGCAAUCUACUGCCUCGAAUGGUACGACAUGUCAAUUAGUAACAAACGCGCAUUAUUAAUUUGUAUGACGAGAGCUUUGUUUCCACUGCAAUUGACUGCUGGAAAAUUUUAUAUUUACUCAUUCAACGUCUACACUCAGGAAAAAUUUGGAGAAGUUAAAGUGUUAGUUGACAAAAUCGCGUGGUUCAUAAAUAUUUUGGGAGGCUGGCCAAUCCAGCCCUCGCUACAACACCGAUUAUUAUUUUAUCUUUACUUGGUGUAUCAUCAUAUUUAUUUAUCAAUGUCGUACAACGACUUGCUGAUGAUUUUUGGGAGUUUAGAUCUUAUGACGGCAAAUCUGACUACUACUGCCAUCCAGACGAUUGUUUUGAUUCGUAUGAUUUAUAUUAAAUAUUCAAAAAACAUAAGCAAAAUAAUAAUGACGGUAAAUGAUAAAAUAGUUGAGAAAAAUGACUACGAUUCAGCGGAAAAAAAAAUUUUUCUCGGGUAUUAUUCAAUUGCGAGAAAGUACCACUUAGUAACCAUUGUUUUUGCGUUUGUUGCGGGCUUCAGCUGGUGUCUAUUGCCUCUACAAACUUACUUACUUGCUCUUUCACUGGGUAAGCCGGCUUUUUUGAUCUAUCCGUACAGAGUAAAAAUUUUUUUUUUCAACUCUACGUCAUUUAAAAGUACAGUGAUAAUAUACCUCCUUGAAUCACCCCUACCGCUACCUCCAAUCUGCUACGUUGCUAUUAUUAAUUUACAAGUAGUGCUUGUAAUUUAUAUUUGCGCUCACAUGGCGAUUCUUUCAAAUAGAAUUUGUAAUUUGAAAUUUGAGAAACAAUCUUCUUAUCGAUUGUUGGGUCAGCUUAUUGACAAACAUUUGGAAGUUAUAAAAUUAGUAAAAAUGAUUGAAAAGACAUGGACGCCAGUUUAUCUUUUUGAAAUUUUACUCUUAACUCCCAUAGUCGCUUUAGUGAUGUACUUUGGACUUUUGGCGUUUGAUGCCGGUGAAAAAGUGGCAUUCAUAUCUCUGUGUACUUAUGUCUGUGCAUCAAUGUCAUGUUUAUUUGCUAAUUGUUUGAUGGGAGAAAUGUUAAAAACUGAAUGUGACCGUCUUCUGGAGGCUUAUUACCAGUGCAAUUGGUACGUAAUGCCAAUGAAGUACCGGGAAAUUGUUUUAAUUUGUAUGAUUUACACGAGAAACCCUUUCAAAAUAACAGCUGGUAAAGUUUAUGAGUUCUCAUUCAACGCCUUCGCUGGGAUCGUCAAAAACUCAUUGGCUUACGUUUCUAUUCUACGAACGCUUUUAGUGUAAAUAAUUGGUGUAGAAGAUCAUUAUUAUUAUGCUAAUCAGUUGAUUGUUAACACACGUGUAUAUUUAUAGGAUUAAAUGUACAAUGUUGUUAAUAAUAAUUGAUAAGAUGUU